UUUAUGUAACAUUCCCAAAAAAAAAUAAAAAAAAAUUAAAAAGGCUUCUUGUUCCUGUUCUUCCUUCUCUGGAAAAAAUGGACCCAAGUGCAACGACGUCAAGUCCCCGGCAGCCGUUCACGGCGGGCACGGCAACCGCGAAGAAGAAAAAGAAGAAAACAACAGCAGAAGCUCUGAGCCAUGACGUCUUGUGCAUCAUCUUCUCCUUUCUCGACUUAUUCCAGCUCAUUCGCUGCUCCGCCGUUUCCACUUCUUGGAGAAAAGCCAUAAAUAAAUUAAAAUUAAAUCAAACAGAAUACGUCAAGCAACGGCAUAAUGAUCCUAAUGGCCUCCAGGAUGCGUCUUUCUCUCAGAGAUCAUUGAGUGAACAAGCGGAACAGCUAGCUAUGGAACGACACGCAUUGGCUUUACAAAGAGCUCCAGCUAGUGUUAUUCAAUGGAAAGGUCAUUCAGUUGGGGUUAAUCAGUGCAGAAUGAAGAUGGGAAAAGUCCUUACCGGCGUGGGUGACAAGGUCAUGCGUCUCUGGUCGGCAGAAAGCUGCAAAUGUUUGGAUGAAUAUUUCCUUGUCGAUAAAGCCCCUUUAAUUGAUUUUGAUUUUGACGAGGGCAAGGUUGUUGGUUUAGUUGGCACCCGUAUAUGCAUCUGGAAUCGGACGGAGACAAGAAAUGUAUUUUCCUCACGUGAGAACUUAUUUACAAAGGGCCUCUGUAUGCGUUAUGUAGAUCCGGAAGCUGUGAUUGGAUGUGAGGAUGGAAAGGUUCGUGUAUUUGACCUAUACAGCAGAAAGUGUUCCCAAAUAAUAAAGAUGCAUGAGGGGCCUGUUACUUGCUUAGCUUUUACUGAUGACCAAUUGCUUGUUAGUGGUUCCUCUCUUGGCACCCUUUCACUAUCGGAUCUUUCUUCUGAUCAGCGAGUUGUUCUGCUUGGAUCAACCUUUUCUGCAGGGAUCAAGACUUUGUGUUUCAACCCUAGCUCCUAUAUGGUGUUUGCCGGAUCAACUGCUGGAAAUGUCUCUUGUUGGGACCUCAGGAAGACAAACAGAACUCUAUGGGAAACACGAGUGUCUCCUAAUGUUGUUUAUUCUAUGCAUCACCUUAGAAACGACACUUCAACAUUGGUGGUUGGUGGAAUCGACGGUGUGUUAAGAAUUGUCGACCAGGUAACUGGUGAAGUAAUUUCGAGAUGCAUAAUGGAUGAUAGUAGCACUGUGUUGCAUUGUUCAACAGAGAGAUUUGGAACUGUCCAAAUUGAGAGCAGGAAACUGAAAAGGCUCUCUGAAGAUGAUCGAAUUGAUCUUAUGCCAAGAGCUUCCCGGCCACAAAUCACAUGUUUAGCUGUUGGGAUGGAGAAAGUUGUUACUACACAUAAUGAUAAGUAUAUCAGAGUUUGGAAAUUCAGGAAAUGAAAAGGAUUACACUACCCGAGAUUCCGGGUAUUUGUUGUAGUUCUGUAGCACUUCUUUGUAAUCUGUUCGUGUGCGCGCGAGCGCGGGCGUGCCUGUUCGUCCAGUGUAAAAUUAAUUGAGAAUUCUUCCAGUGUAAAGAAUCACCGGAUGUCUACGUUACAUAGACUUUUCCUUUUACCUAGAACUAGAAUCGUAUUUUUAGUUGUUUGAGUUUUAGUUUCAACUAUUUGAAUAAUUUGGUAGUAAGUCAUGACAUUGAUAGUUUUGAAAUA